GCCGCGGCCCCCUCUAUCUCCUUCGUCCUUCCCCUGCCUUCGCCUACGCCGCCUCUCUAUUCCCUCCAAAAACCCUAGCAAAACCACUCCCCAAAUCCCCAUUUACCUCAACUCCACUUUCCCUCUCCUGAACUUCGAACCAAUGAUGCGCUCCACGUUGAUUGGAGAAACGCUCCAAUUUUGAAAUCUCCGGUCCGACCGAUCUCACCUACCCAAUUUAUAUUCUCUAAAAAAUUCAAAAAAAAAAAAUCGCAGCCCACCGCAAUCCCGUCCACCCUACGAAUUCCGCCAUGAGAUCCCUCCUCGCCGCCGCCCCCACCUUCCUCCGCGCCAGCGCUUUCCCUUCGCUGCCGCCUCCCUACUCUCUACCUUUCCGCCCGGGUCGUGCCGGUAACAUGCUGGGCGCGGCGAGGUCGGUGUCUGCGGCGGCCAUGUCGCGAGGCAGCGACGGUGCGGCGAUGGAGGUCCGGGCAGCCCAGUCCGGCGAGAUCCACGUCAUCGUUGGACCCAUGUUCGCCGGCAAGACCACCGCUCUCCUCCGCCGGGUCCAGGCCGAGGCCGGCAACGGAAGGAGUGUGGCACUCAUAAAGUCUGACAAGGACAAUCGCUAUGGAUUGGAUUCUGUUGUGACUCAUGAUGGUACAAAGAUGGGGUGCUGGGCCUUAUCAGAGCUGUCAAGUUUCCAUGAAAAAUUAGGAAUUGAGGCCUAUGAUAAGGUAGAUGUUAUCGGUAUUGAUGAAGCCCAGUUCUUUGAUGAUCUUUACAAUUUCUGCUGCAAAGCUGCAGACCGUGAUGGAAAAAUUGUAGUCGUUGCAGGGCUAGAUGGUGACUACAAAAGGAAAAAGUUUGGCUCGGUUCUGGAUAUUGUUCCCCUGGCUGACUCAGUCACCAAGCUAACAGCACGCUGUGAGCUGUGCGGUUGCAGGGCGUUCUUCACAUUGAGGAAGACACAGGAAACCAAGACCGAACUAAUUGGAGGAGCUGAUGUGUAUAUGCCUGUGUGUAGGCAACACUACAUGGAUGGGCAGAUUGUUAUGGAGGCCACAAGGAUUGUACUGGACCUUGAAAGAUCCAUUGCGACGACACAAGUUCUGAAAUAGGUCAAUAGUCGACUUCUGUAUUCAAGUUUGCAGUGUGUGUAACAUUUAAUCAUUAUAGGCAUCCGCCUAAUUAUCAUAGUUGGUGGAAACCUAAUGAAAUUGGGAUGUGCUACGGUGCUACCAGUUGAUAUUAAGUCUUUGGCACGAGAUACAAUUUGAGCAGAUUGUAAAUAUUAAGCUGUUUGGAUAUUAAGGUGAUCAUUUAUCUCUUUUACCUUAA